GAUGCUGGCUAGUAAGAAUAUCAUGCUGGCCGUUAAUAUUCUAACAUGUACAGACAAGAACUUCGUAAACGUUCUAGAAAUUCAUUCAAAAAUGUUUUGACGACUGAAUAUUAUUCUUUUGACUCAUUUUAUUGAAAUCCACCAUAAGAUGCGCACAGUGUAAAAUCGCGAUAGAUUUUUUUUAUAUAUUUUUUUAUUAGUUUUAAGUUAAUGUUAAGCUGCAACAAUCCUGUGCACAUUUGGUAAUACUGUGAGAAAUUAACAAGUAUCUGAAUCCACGUUUGGUAAAUUUACAAGAUGAGGGAAAUCAUUAAUCUGCAGGUCGGGGCUUGUGGAAACCAAAUUGGAGGAAAGUUCUGGGAGGUGAUAUCCGACGAGCAUGGCAUCGACCCGAGCGGUUGCUAUCACGGGGACUCUGACCUCCAACUGGAGCGCAUCAACGUAUACUACAACGAGGCGUCCGGUGGCAAGUACGUUCCUCGCACCGUCCUCGUAGACCUGAAGCUGGCCACCAUGGACGCCGUGCGCUCAGGACCUUUCGGAUGCCUUUAUCGCCCCGAUAACUUCGUCUAUGGCCAGAACAGUGCCGCUAACAACUGGGCCCGCGGUCACUACACCGAAGGCGUUGAAAUCCUGGAAUCUGCCCUAGACGUGGUUCGAAGGGAGGCGGAAGGCUGCGACUGCCUCCAAGGCUUCCAAAUGACUCAUUCUCUCGGAGGCGGUACUGGCUCCGGAUUAGGCACCUUAUUGGUUAACCGAAUUCGAGAAGAAUACCCUGACCGCAUCAUUUUAACAUUCUCAGUGUUCCCAAGCCCAAGGGUCUCUGACUGCGUCGUGGAACCCUACAACACCACCCUUGCUGUUAAUCAGCUGGUUGAAAAUGCAGACCACACUUUCUGCUUAGAUAACGAGGCAUUGUACGACAUCUGUUUCCGGACACUGAAACUAACGACACCGACGUACGGUGAUUUGAAUCAUCUGGUCUGUGCGACUAUGUCUGGCAUCACGACGUGCUUGAGAUUCCCUGGCCAGCUCAACGCGGAUCUGAGGAAACUGGCUGUAAACAUGGUCCCGUUCCCUAGACUUCACUUCUACACGCCUGGUUUCGCUCCCCUGACGUCGAGAGGGGCACAACAGUACAGAGCUCUGACAGUUCCAGAAUUAACAUUACAGAUGUUCGACGCUAAAAACAUGAUGGUUGCAUGUGAUCCUAGACAUGGAAGGUACUUGACCGUGGCCACGAUAUUCAGAGGCAGAAUGUCGAUGAAAGAAGUUGAUGAACAGUUAGUGAACAUUCAGAAUAAAAACAGUACUUACUUCGUGGAAUGGAUACCGCAUAACGUGAAGAUUGCAGUUUGCGACAUUCCUCCGAGAGGGCUGAAGAUGGCUUCGACAUUCAUUGGUAACACGACAGCGAUCCAAACCAUAUUUAAGAGGAUGGCUGAACAAUUCGUGGCCAUGUUCAGGCGGAAAGCGUUCCUUCACUGGUACACAGGCGAAGGUAUGGACGAGAUGGAAUUUACAGAAGCGGAGAGCAAUAUGAACGACCUAGUGUCAGAGUACCAACAGUAUCAAGACGCCACGGCUGAUGACGAAGGCGAGUUCGAUGAGGAAGCAGAAGGCGAAGGAAUGGAGGAAUAA